AUGAACGUUUAAUAAACAAAAACAUCAUCAUUGAAGAAUUUUUAAAUAAUAUAAGAGUUAGGGAAAGGGUCAUUUAGUACAGUUUAUAAGGUAUUUUGAGAUAAUAGAAUUAGGUAAAAAGAAUAGUUGAUGGUUAAGAAUAUGCAUUGAAGAAAGUGAAAUUAGGAUGCUUAAAAUAAAAAGAAAAAGAGAAUGCAUUAAAUGAAGUUCGAUUAUUAGCUUCAAUUAAUAGUAAAUAUAUAGUAGCCUAUAAAGUAAUAUAAGUAUUAAUAAAAUAGGAAGCCUUUUUUGAUGAGGAUUCUCAAUGUUUAUGUACUGUGAUGGAACUGUUAUCAGGAGGAGAUGUGUAUCGUAGAAUUACUUAAGCAUUAAAGGGAGGUCCUUAAUUCUCUGAAUAAGAUAUAUGGAAGGCAUUAAUUCAUAUGAUCUUAGGGUAUGAAUUUGUAGUUAAAUUAGAUUGAAAACACUUCAUGAUUAGAAAGUAGUACAUAGAGAUUUAAAAUCAGCAAAUGUUUUCCUUUCUAGUGAUGGCACCUUUAAAUUGGGAGAUUUAAAUGUGUCUAAAGUAGCUAAAUAAGGAUUUGUUUAUACUUAAACUGGAACACCAUAUUAUGCUAGUCCUGAAGUAUGGAGAGAUGAACCUUACAAUUCGAAAAGUGAUAUUUGGUAUAUCAAUUUUAUUAGAUUAUUAUAGGUCAUUAGGUUGUGUUCUAUAUGAAAUGUGUUGUUUAUAAACACCAUUUAGAGCUAAAGAAAUGGAUCUCCUUUUUUAAAAAGUUUAAAAAGGUUUGUAUGACUAAAUUCCAAAUAAAUAUUCUAAAGAACUUGCUUAAAUAAUCUCUUUGUUAUUAAAAACACAAUCUGUAUCAAGACCUAAUUGUGACGAAUUAUUAAAAAUUCCUAUAAUUUAAAAUAAAAUGAGAGAUAUUGAAACUUAUAUUAAUCAUCAAACAUAAAAUUAAGAACUUCUAAAAACCAUUUAAAUUCCUAAAACUAAUGAAUAAUUAAACUCUUAAUUUCCAAAAUCCAAAUAUGAGAAUGAAAUAAUUAGUUUUGAAAGAAACAUUGAAAAUAAAUCUACAGAAAAUUCAUCAAGUCCUUUUAGAUCUCCAUAAUAAAUUUCUAAAAUAUAAUAAGAUUCUAGAAUAAGUUAAAGAUAGGAUAGAUAAAUUGUUGAUAUAACUAAAAGUAUAGCUUACAUAGAAAGAUAGAAUAAACAUCCUUUAUUAGUUGAAGGGCCUAGACCAUCAGCUUCAAGAAAAAUGGAAAAACCAAAAUCUGCUUAACCAUUACAAAGAUAUGAAAGUAAUUAAAAAGGAUAAUUAGAAGAUUCUAGUGUUAAGAAUUCAUAAAUUGUUAAAUUAAAUGAGUCUGAAAAUUUAAGAAUAAAGAGAGAAAAUGAACUAAAAGCAAUCUAAGAAUUAAGAAAAUAAGAAAGAUAAGAUUUAAAAUAUCGAGAGUUAAGAGAUUUAUAAUAAAUAAGAGAUGCUUCGAAAGGAGUAAUUGCAGAAAAUAGAAGAGUCUCUCCAAUAUCUUAAACAAGAUAUUAAGGAUAAUAAUAAUAAUAUGGAUUAUAAAAACAAUCAUAUUCCCCUAUAGUAAGAAAAGUAGAAUAACCUUAAUAUUAUAAGUAAUUUAAAUUAUAAUAAUAAAUUAUUAGCAAUAGAAUUGUUUAAAGUCAAAUGUAAUGUAGACCAUAAAUAAGUUAAUCAAUCAAUAUUAAUAAUCCUAGUUAAUAAAUUCGUUAAUCAAUAGGUCAUCUUGAAAAUCCUACUAACAAAAGAUAUUAAGUUCCAUAAUCAGCUGCUCCAGUAUCUUUAAAAUAUUCAUCUAAUUAAUUAUAAAAACUAACUUCUGAUAGAUAAUAACAUCCUUAAUCUGCAUUACCAUCUAGAGUUGAAUAAUUAAAAUUAGAAAGAUCAUAAGUCUUUCCAAUUUAAGCAAGAGUUGUUAAAACAAGACCAAAUGAAUCAAAUUCUAUUAAUAAAAAUUUAGUAACUAAAUAAACUAGACCUUUAUCAUCAAAUUAGGCACUUAAUGAUAGACAAAUAAAAUAAGAAUAUUAACCAUAAUAUAAUCAAAUUCAUUAAAACUACAAUCAUUAUUAUCCUAUCGAAACCUAUUAAAGACAUGCAUCAGAUUAAAAUUUAAUUAGAUAUUAGUAAUAUUAUUAAAUUAUAUCUUUUAGAUAGCGAUAAUAAAAUAGAUAAUUAAGAUAGAAUAUAGAUGGAAGAAAAAUUUGA